AAUACUUUUAGUGCUGAAGUGUUUUGAAGCAGUUAAGUGGAACAUAUGUUAUACAAGGUAGGAAACUGAUUUCUUUCAAAUAUAUUGAACUAAACCUUAAUGAAAAGGGCAAGGUGUAGAAUUGAGCAGAUGGAAUUGAGCUAUUUAAAAAUGUUGUACUGUCUCUUAGAGGAAUUUUACCUUUGUCUUUUUACUUGUAUUAAUUGUACCCAUGGACAACGCUGCAGAAUGUAUCAGCGCUUUAUAAAAAAAAUAUUCAGAGAAAUCUAUCUAUCUAUCAUCUAUAUAUUCUAUCUAUCUAUCUUUCUAUCUAUCUAUCUCUCUCUCUCUCUCUCUCUCUAUCUAUCUAUCAUGUAUAUAUUCUAUCUACCAAAAUGUUAUCCUAAACUAGUGUUCAUUUGAGGACCAUUGUGUAAAGGUUGACAGACAAAACCUAUAAAUAUUUUUAUAACAAUGUUUCCAAUGGCAUAUACCCAUGAAGAAAGCAGAAAUUGCAACUUUGUAUACUAUUUAUUGAAACUGAAAGACCUGAUUUACAAGUGAGAGGCUACUUUUAACUGAUUUUAGUAAUUCUUAUAUAUAGAGGAGAGUUUUCUAGUAGGGUGAGUCCCUUAGCUCCUUUCGGAUUCUCCCUUUUUUUUCUUUCUCUGAUUGACAAAAACAAUCCUACAAAGUAAGAGCACAGAGCUAAGGAUACUCUUGACCUGAGGCUAUAUUUUAGACUGUGAUUUAAUGCCAAGUUUAAAUAGUGCAGAAUGAGGCAACUACGACAAUACUAGUCUUUUCAUCCUUAUUCAGAAUAGGCUGACUUAAAAUCGUAGUUCCUAUAAACUAAAAACACGAAUUUAGUGUCCAGCCUUACAGUGAUGAAUGUUGUGAACAAGCUCUAAAUUAAUAUCAUUAAAAUGCUGUCUUAAAUAUGCUAAUAUUGCUGGGAUGCACAUAAAUGAAAUUAAAAUGAUUAAAAUGUUAUUUAAAUCAGUUUAAUAUUGUUGGGACGUACAUAAAUUGAAUUAGCCUUAUAAAAACACCAUUUGAAUCCUAAUAAUAUUGUUAGGUGGCACAUAAACUCAUUAGCACAUGGAAAUGUAGAAUCAAUUACAAUUAAUCUAUAUUAAUGCAAUCUGCCCCCUCAAUAAUGCAUUGGACAUGCAUCUGUCAUUUACAGGGUUAAAUUCAGGAGGUGUGAUUACCAUUAGUGAAGCAGGUGUACAGCACAGGAUCUCAGUUAUCUGAUAGUUUCCAUUGCAGUUGCUUAAACAUUAAAAUAUUUCGGUUAGGAGGAGGGGCUGGGACACAUAUUUCACUGCUACUCAGUGUUGCUAAGGUGUUUAAAAUACAGAUAUAGACUAUAUUACUGUGCUAGGUUAUUGUAUCAUGAUAUUUGGAACAAUACCAAUACUCUACUGAAUACAUAUGAAGGGAUACUGUAGUUGUCAAAAAACUUUAGCUUCAUGCAGCAGUUUUAGUAAAUAGAUUAUGUUCCUGCGGUCUCCCUGCUCAAUUCUGGAUGCGCCUCUCCUAACUUUCACUGACACAGUCUGCAUGAAAAAAAGGUUUAAUUUUCAAUCAGAUGUUAAAUUACUUUAUACGUUUUGAUUCCCCUCUCUGUUAAUUAAACUUUAAUCUCCUUCAUCGUCUAGCAGGCUUCUAACAAAACAGAAAAUAAAAAAAAAUUAUAAAGCAAAUAAACUGUGCAAUAAAGGAAGUUUGAAAAUUAGAUCUCUGUUUACAGGAAGUGUUUAGUAAGGCUGUGUAAAUCACAUGCAGGGAGAUGUGGUUAGAGCUGCAUAAGCAAAGUAUUUUAACUUUUAAAUAGCAGGGAAUAGAGCAGUGAGAUUCCUGGGGCAUGGUCUAUUCACAGAAAGUACUUAAUUAAGUUAAAGUUGUUUUUGAGGUUAUAAUGUAUUUCUAACUGCCACUUGAGGAUUUAUUCAAUGAACACUGCUAUGUGUUGCUUGAUUGGAAAAAUCCAAUUCAUUGUUCCUUAUUAAUAAUUCCUACUUUAAAGAGAACAUCAUAUGUUGUGCAGGUCUGUUUUUUAAGUAUGCCAUCUCAGUCAACAGGAAAUAAUCCAACCAUUACCCAGGAACAAAAAAUUAUCAAGUCCUUAAAAAAACAAACAAAAAAAAAACAAGCUCAUCAAUAGGGUUAUUACCAUGGAGUAGGGCUACCAGAUUCAGAAUGUUUCCCUGACAAAUGAUUUCAACAUUCUCUGUUGAAAAGCAGAGAAUGUUCUACCCUAAAGCCUCCAACUACAUCUUGCAAUUCAGAUUUAAAAUUUAAAAUAAUGUCUUCUCAAUUAUAAAUUUAGUGAGUGAACCCCAAAAGGGGGACAUACCAUCUGAAGUCUUAGGCCCAAUAAAAGGCCAAAUAAAAAUCCAUACUAGCCAUAAAUGAAAAUACAUUUUAAAAAUGACGUGAUUGCAAAAGCCUGGCUGGAAAAAAAAGAAAACUAUGCCGCAACAAAAAAAAUAAUCUGUCUUCACCUGUGGUGGGCUUGCCGCAGAAUGAUCGCUCAUAGCAGGAAAAGCCCUUUUUUCCACACUAUGAUAGUUAUCGCAAAGCGUGGGAAAUUUUCCCAUGAUAUCACCAACCAAUUAGAGUGCUCUGACAGCUAAGUCUCAUUUUAUAGCGUCAGUAUUUAUGGAUUUUUGUUUGGAUUUUUUUAGAGGCUGAAGAAUCAGAAGAAAGAAAGUUUUAGAUUUUUUUGCCCCCCUCUUCACUAUUAUUAGGCUGGGUGGAGUAGAUUGGGGCUUUAUUUUAGGGGGUAGCUGGGGUUUAAGGACCCAUAGCCACACUAGAGAAGGGGUUACUAUUAUUUGGGGAGACAAGCCAUUUUAUUUGGGGGGACAUGCCAUUUUAUAAUUAAUUAGGGCCCCUAACCACUGGCAUGAGUAAGAAAAUAUGUGUCCCCAUCUUACUGUCAAUUUUAGUGUCCUCCUCCCCCCCCCCCCCAUAUCAGCAUGGGUAGGGGCUGAGGGAAGGGACAAUAAAUAUUAGGGCCCCCACUGGCCUGCAUAAGUCCCCCCUUAUUGUUAAAGGGACACAAUAGGGUCAGGAACACAAACAUGUAUUCCUGACCCUAUUGUGUUAAAACCACCAUCUAGAACCCCUGAUCCCCUCUUGCCUCCCUAAAUAUAGUAAAAUAUUACUUGCAUUCAAGAUAUGGGGCUAUAGUGGGGUGACAGGGGAAGUGCUGAAGUGACACGGUCUAUCCUGAGGGUUUAUACAAAAUGUUAUUUCCGUCUGCUUGACCCUUACCUUUGUCUAGGGAGGGUAGGGGAAUCCUGUUCCUGGUAGACUGGUAGACUCCUUAAAAAAGGAGCAGGAAAAAUAAUGAAGAGAGGAAUGGGGAAGAUGGGAGGAAAUAAUAGGAAUCUAGGGUAAGAUUGGGAGUAAAAAUAUGGGGAACUAGAGAUUAAUGAUUCUCACUAAAGAAAAAAUAUAGUACUUGAAUGGGAAAUUGAUUUGGCCACAGACACAAAAGAAGAGGGAAAUAAGGAAGUUAGGGGCUAAAAUAUCACUGUAGUAUGGAAUUAGUGAAAGAAAACUAAAGGGAAUAUCACUUUAACUUAGCACCAAUAUUUAAUGAUAGAGUAGUAUAUAAAAUAUAUUUUAUAAAUUUAGCAAGUAGUGAGUUUAAGAAGAAUAAAUGUAUACACACUGGAGAUUGCACUUUAAAGGACCACUAUAGUGCCAGGAAAACAUACUUGUUUUCCUGGCACUAUAGUGCCCUUAGGGUGCCCUCACCCUCAGGGACCCCCUCCCGCCCGGCUCUGGAAGGGGGAAAGGGGUUAAAACGUACCUUUUUCCAGAGCUGGGCGGAGAGCUCUCCUCCUCCGAUCCUCCUCUUCUCCUCCCCGUCGGCUGAAUGCGCACACGCGGCAAGAGCUGCACGCGCAUUCAGACGGUCACAUAGGAAAGCAUUCAUAAUGCUUUCCUAUGGACACUGGCGUGCUCUCACUGUGAAAAUCACAGUGAGAAGCACGCAAGCGUCUCUAGCGGCUGUCAAUGAGACAGCCGCUAGAGGAAAUAGGGGAAGGCUUAACCCAUUCAUAAACAUAGCAGUUUCUCUGAAACUGCUAUGUUUAUGAAAAAUGGGUUAACCCUAGCUGGACCUGGCACCCAGACCACUUCAUUAAGCUGAAGUGGUCUGGGUGCCUAGAGUGGUCCUUUAAGAUAUAUAAUUAAAGAUUAAUUAUCAGAUAUCUAAAGCUAGAUUAUUACUAGAGAUUGAGAAACUACACGGAACAGAAUAAUAUACAAACACAAAAUGAUAAAGGAAGAAAAAGAAGUAAGAAUUAAGGGGACAAAGUAAAUUUUUAUAAUGAGGGUUUGCUGUUAUAAUCUAAGAUAAUUAACAAACCACCUAAGAGAACAGAGAUGGCUAAAGCAAUAAUAGGUGAUAAAAUUGGAAUAAAAGUAAAGGGACCAUGCUACAGAUAAUAUAAAAUAACUAAAAGAGUAAUAUUAAUGAAUGAUAGCUAAAGAUAAAUACUAUAGAAGAUAAAUAAGAAGAUAACAGGGAAGCAAUGAUUUAGGUGGUAAUAUAUAUAUAUUGUCUCCUCUCCUAUCUUUUGGAAAAAUAAGAGAAACAGGUCAAAGAUAAAAAGAACCAUUAUCUUUGUCUAUGACAAUUAUUGUCCCUGACCACGCCAGAACGUAGUGGAUAGGGUUAGGAGGGCGUUGUGGCCUGGCAGGAGGCAACAAGAAGCUAGUAAGCUUCUCACUAGAUGUUGUCUUUAUGUUUUUUUGGUUGUAUGGCUGGGUUCCCUUUUGUGCUGAGCACCUUAUUGUAGGUUGGAGAUAGAUGCUCGACACUAGAGGGAUCAUAAAGGGACUAUUACGGUCUCCCAUAAAUGUUUUAUGUAUGGGUGUUAUGGUAAUUGUGUUGACUCCAUGGAUGAAAACACGAUGUAUGUAAGCAAUAAAUAUAAGUUGGCUCUAUCCAGAUAUGAUUAGAUUCAUGUCUAUUAAUGUUCAAGGGUUGAAUUUUCCUUACAAGAAAACCUCGUUGGUUAGGCUUAUUAAAAAAGAAAGGAUCAAUAUAUGUUUUUUGCAAAAGACUCAUUGGUUGGUAAAGAAUAAAAGGCCACUGCUGAACAGAUAUUUUUCACAUAUUUUUACUUCAUCUUCCAUAUUUAUAUAAAAAUAAAUAAAUAUAGAAAUAUUGUACCAGGAUAUAGAUAAAGAGGCUAGAUACAUGUAUGAUUUGUAAAAUAGAAGGUCAAAUUCAUACUUUAAUUAAAGUGUAUGCUCUUAAAAUAAAACCAUUUUUUUUUGGGGGGGGGGAGUUUAAUUCAUAGAAAAGACUGAGAAAAUUGCUAAGGGCAUUAUUAUAAUAGGAGUAGAUUUUAAUUCAGUUAUAGAUGUCAACUAAGAUAAAAUUAUACCAUGGGGGAAAAAAAUACAUUUAAGUAUCAGUAAAAUAGCUCACUCCUUAGAAGAUUUAUUUAAAAAAAAAAAAAAACUCUAUGAUGUCUGGCGAAUUAUGAAUCCACAUGUAAGGGAUUAUACACACUUUUCCCAAGUCCAAUAGUCGUAUGCAAGAAUCGAUGUUGCAUUAAGUAACCUUAUAACACUUCAUAAUAUUAAGAAAAGCUUUGUUAAAGAGAUAGUUUGGUCAGACCAUAAUGUUCUUAUAUGGUUUCUAAAAGGGGGAGAAGAACACUCUAAACAAAGAGAAUGGAGACUGAAUGAAAAACUAUUACAAAUGAUAAAGCAUAUCUUUGGGAAAUGACUGACUUAUUUUUUAAAGAAAAAAUUCUGUAAACUCUAAAUCCUUAUUAUGGUGCACAUUUAAAAGCAUAUGUAGAGGAUAUCUGAUAAAGAUGAAGGCUAUAGAAAACAAAAAGAGAGGGAAACAUUUAAAUACAUUGAUCUUUCUACCCUUCAAAAUCCCACCUCUUCUAGAUCAGCAGAAAUACUGAUUCUUAAAAAUAAAAGAAGAAAUCUAGAAAGUAAGUUGGAGCCUCGAAAAAUUAAAACAAUCUUGGUAUUUUAAAAAUAAUAAGACAGACAAGAUGCUGUCUAGGCAACUAAAAAAAAAAAAAAAAAAGCUAUCAAUAGAAUAUAUAGAAUAAAAGAUGAGAAGGGAGAAAUGUAAAUGGACCCGAAAGAAAUAGGAAAUUUUUUAAAUAAAUAUUACUCUAACCUGUAUAAUUUACCCCUUAAAACCGAUUUAGAAACUGUUAAAAAAUAUCUAGAUGAAAGACAAAUGACAAAAAUCUAAUCGUAACAAGAUAAUGAGCUAAACAAACCUUUCACAGAAGAUGAAGUAAAAUGGGCCAUAUUAUAUCUAACGAAAUCAGAUCUAAAGAGUCUUUUAUAAGGUAUUAAGGGAGAAUAUAAGUCCUUAUCUGACGAUGGCUUUUAGUGAAAUGGGAAAUAGUGGUAAAUGUCCAGAAGAAUUUUUGAGGGCAAAUAUUAUUUCCAUCUUAAAGGAGAAAAAAAAACAAAAAAAAAAAACGAAAUGUGAUUAACUACAGACCUAUUUCUCUAAUUAAUUCAAAUGCUAAGAUUUUGGCAGCAGUUGUUGCUCAAAGACUGAGACGGAUACUACAAUGCCUAAUCCAUCGCAAUCCGAUAGGCUUUAUGCCAUGAAGGGAGUCACAUAACAACAUCAGGAGGAUAAUUAGCAUUCUAGAUGAUGCUAAAAAGACUCAUCAACCUCUUGCAGUUAUUGCAGUUGACGCAGAGAAAGCCUUUGACCGCGUUGAAUGCCUUUUUCUGUUCCAGACUGAGCAGCUGUGGUAUUAUUAUUAUUAUUAUUAUUAUUAUUGUUGCCAUUUAUAUAGCACCAACAGUUUCCGUAGUGCUUUACAAUAUUAUAAGAGAGGGAAUUUUGCUAUAAACAGGACAAUUACAAUAAAACUUACAGGAACGAUAGGUUGAAGAGGACCCUGCUCAAACAAGCUUACAUUCUAUAGGAGGAGGGGUGUAAAACACAAUAGGAAAGGGAAUAGCAAUCGAAAUAGGUGGGAGUGAAGCAGAGUUGGAGGAGAGAGUAGAGUGCUGCUAUUUAGGAGAGAGCAAGAGACAGGUAUGUGAGGUAGAGGUUACUCUGGGAGGCCAUAAGCUUUCCUAAAAAGAUGGGUUUAAAAGGCACUUAAACCAUUAAAGACCACGGGAGAAUCUGAUGGCGGUAGGCAGGCUAUUCCAUAUUGGGGGACUCCAACAGAGACAGGGUGAAUGGAGGAGGUAUCAUUAAAAAAGGAGACACUGAACGAGUGUUGGGAGAGAUAGGAUGAAAACCAAGUGAGAACAGUGUCACCGAGAACGAGUGAUUGAUGAGUUUGAAGAAGGAGAGCAUGAUCAACAGUGUCAAAGGCAGCAGAGAGGUCAAGAACUAUUUGUAAGGAGUAGUGGCCUUUGGAUUUAGCUGCAAUUAGGUAAUUAGUAACUUUGAUAAGAGCAGUCGCAGUAGUGUUGAGGGGGUGGAAGCCAGAUUGAAGAGGGUCAAUGAGAGAGUUGUAAUUGAGGAAGUGAGACAUAAGGGUAAAGACAAGUCUUUCCAGAAGCUUUGAGGAAAAAGGGAGCAGAGAUAUGGGAUGAUAGUUAGAGGGGAUGGAUGGGUCGAAGGAGGUUUUUUCAGAAUAGGUACUACAGUAGCAUAUUUAAGGUCAGCAGGGACAAUGCCAGAAGAGAGAGAGCAGUUGAAGAUGUGUGUUAAGGAAGGCACAAGACAAGGGGAGAGAGAUCUUAUAAGGUGAGAUGGGACAGGAUCAAGCGGGCAAGUGGUGGGGCGAGCGGAAGCAAUAAGUGCAGUCACCGCUUGUUCCAUAGGAAAGGCAUGAUCUACGUGUGGUUGAGAAAGAAGAAGGCAGGAUGGGGAGAAUUCUUUCUUUAGCAAUUCAAUCUUGUCGGUAAAGUAGCAUACAAAGUUCUCUGCUGUAAGGUUAGUUGGAUGGGUUGCCACAGCAGGGCAAAGAAGAGAGUUAAAGGUGUCAAAGAGAUGCCUGGGAUUGCGGGAGCAUGAACUAAAGGGAGAGGAAAAUGGGUAUCAAUGGGUUUUCUUAUGAUUCCAUUAGGUCUCUCCACUCUUGCCCCACAGCUAGAACAGUGGGACAGGAUAUUAGAGUAGAUUGGUUUCCACUAAAGAAAGGAACACACUAAGGCUGCCCACUGUCCCUUUUGCUCUACAUUCUUACAACAUAUCUCCUAGCUAUUGAGAUAAGAAAUAAUGAUAAAAUAAAAGGAUAUCAAAUUGGUGAAGAACAAUACAAGUUCAGUCUUUAUGCUGAUGAUAUCCUGAUUACAAAAACAGAUCCAGUGAAAUCUAUCCCAGAACUUAUGAGGUCAUUUCAGGAAUAUGCAUUAAUCUCAAACUACAAACUAAAUAUUGAGAAAACUUUAAUUCUUUCUAACAAUCUUAAUAAAGAAAACAAAGCUAUGUUGUAAAAAUGAUUUUAAAUGUAAAUGGGAUUUGCAAGAACUCAAUUAUUUGGGAAUAAUUAUAACACAAGACAUAGACAUAAUGAUGGAGCGUAACUAUAUGACGAUUCUGAGGGAAACCAAUUUAAACAAUGGAGAAAGCUGCCACUAUUUUGGAUAGGCAGAAUUAAUGUACCUAAGUCAUUUAUACUGACAGUGGCGUACACACAAUCCAUGGGGCCCCGGGGCGAAACUGAUCUGUGGGCCCCCCUUUUUUUUUUUCCCACUCCCUCCCCCGACAGACACACACAAACACAUACAUACAUACAUACAUAGAGACAAACACACACAGACAGAUGCAUACAGAAACAUACACACAUGACACACAUACAUACAAACAGACAGGCACACAUCCAUACAUACAUACAGACACACACACACACACAGAGAGACACAUACAUACAGACCGACACACACACAUACACAGACAGGCACACACACAUACAAAAAUACACAUGCAUACAAACAGACAGGCAUACAUACAUUCAUACAGACACACAGACAGACACAUACAGACAGACAGACACACACAUACAGACAGACACACACACACAAGACACACAUACAUACAAAGACACAUACAUACAUACAUACAAACAGACACACACACACACAGGCAUACACACAUACAAAGACACAUACAUACAUGAUACAGUUUAAGGAACAGUGCACACAGAAAAACAAAAAUACAUUUUAAAUUGUUCAAGGCUACUCAAAAUUACUUAUUUCAGCAAACAAAUAUGGGUAUUCAGCUAUGUCAUAUGGUCAAAUUGUGUUAAGCCCACCACUCAGUCACAGUAGCCCAAUAUUAGUGGGUCCUACACUCAUUUUAACAUGUAAAUUUACAUGCUAACUGCAAUACUUUCAACUGCUUCUAGAAACCCCUAAAUCUAUACUUUCUUGUGGUCAAUUCCAAAGGGACACCUAUAGUGGAUAGGUGUUUAGCCCAAUAGGAAUCUGGUUCACUAAAGUAUUAGAAUACUAAUUGCCUUUACUUGGACUCUCUAAUCAUGGGUAGAGGUAUUCUUCUCUCAGGGGAUACUUUACCCAUAUUGUCAAAGGGUAACUCCAACCAUCAUGACCACUUCAGUGAUUUGAAGUGGUCAUGGUGGCAGGUGUCUGUAUGUGCAGUGUUUCACUUAGUUAGCCUAGAACAGUGAUGGCGAACCUCUCUGUGGGCACGCGGCCAUAGGUCGCUGGGGGAGAGAGACGCUGGCUGCCUGCAUCAAUGCAGAGUAGGCACUUGCCUGCCCGAAACGUUUGUUUUUUCUGAUCCUGAGGAAAGCCCAACAUGGGGCUGAAACGUCGAUCUCUUUUAAUGCAUAUCUAAUAAAGCUAUUUGAAUUUUUAAUAUAAGAAGACCGUGGAGUGCAGCUAUCACCUAUUUUGUUACUAUAUAUAUAUAUAUUUUUUUAUUUAUUAUUUCUUGUAGGAAUGGCAUACAUUUUUUUUUCCAGGGCUGCUUUGGAUUCCCAGGGAUUCCCAGUUUGGCUCUGCCAGCGAGUGCACUUUACCGCUGAAUCAUCUGUGCAUGGCCUAGAAGUAUUCUCUUGGGUUUGAGCCCUCUGGAGCUACCAACUCCACAUAAUGAGUCUUACAUACUAGUCUACCACACCAACCUCUUCACAACAGUACUGUGAGAUGGUGAUACUUACAUACUUAGUCAAUAGUAAAAAAAACAGAUCUGUUGGUGCACUGCCCAGAGUAAAAAUCCACAAGGUGCAGCGGAGCAACACCGCCAGGGGGUGCCUGUAACUGCACUACCCUGAAAAAAGGGUAUAACCCUACUACAAAAACCAAGGGGAAGGCAGUGAAUAUAAAAGCAACCUGUAUUGUAUUACAUGAGUUAGAGAUAACAAACAAAAACAAAAAAAUAAGUACAAUAAUACCCAAGGGGGAAAAGCCUUAACCGUUAUGUACAGCAUAGCCACAGGCUGCCAAACAAGGAAGGGUUAAUUAGGCUCAGAGAGAUCAGUGGUGCCUGGGGACAGGCCGGUGCAAAGAAUUUUGGGUACAUAGGCGAAGAUGCAUUUUUCCGCCCCCCCCAAAAACAUCUUCACCCAUGUGCCUCUUAACCUCCCUUUUGGGUUUCUUAUCCCGUCUUUUAAAUAUCUGACUCCCUUUAGUGUAUUUUAUCUCCUAUUUUUGUCUUUGUGUCUCCUAUCUCUCCUCUUUGUAUGAUUCUUACAUCCUCCAACAUUUUGUGUCUUACUCCUCCCAGCCCCUUUGUGUGACUCCUUUUCUCCCAGCCCAUUUGUGUCUUUUAUUCUUCCCAGCUCCUUUGUGUGUGUCUCUUUCCUUCUCAAGCCCCGCUGUGUGUUUCUUUCACAUCCAGCCCCUCUCCCCGUCCUUUAAUGGUCCCCUCCCUUCUCUGACCCUCACUGUUCCCUGUCGCUUAGUGUUCCUCUCCCCCCCUCCCUCCUUUUCCUGUACCUUAGGGUAUCUCUCCCCUCCUCUCCCUGUCCCUUGGUGCGCCACCCACCCCCAUAGUGGUCCCCUCCCCUUCCUGGUGUGCCUCCUACCUUUCUUGUAGCAUGGCUGAGCGGAGCGAAUCCCGGUACAGUGAGCUUUUCCUGUCAGUCCUGCUAGGUACAGGAAACAGAAGUUCCUGUACCACGGUACACUCCGCUUGGCCACGCUACAGUCAGGGGUGUAGAAACACUGACAGUCACACACACUCAAUGACAAACACACAGACAUCUCUGACAGCCAGACUCACUUAUCUGACACACUCAUUCAUUGACAGACACUCACACGCACACUGACAGACACAAACACUGACAGACUCAUUGAAAAACACACUGACACACACACACAAACUCACAGACACUGACAGACACACGUACUCACCACAUGCACACACUGACAGACACACUCACUCACACACACUGACAGACACACAUACUCAUACACACACUGACAGACACACUCACUCACACACACUGACAGACACACAUACUCAUACACACACUGACAGACACACAUACUCACACACACACUGACAGACACACUCACUCACACACACUGACAGACACACAUACUCACAUACACACUCACUCACACACUGACAGACACACAUACUCACAUAUACACUCACUCACACACUGACAGACACACAUACUCACAUACACACUGACAGACACACAUACACACACACACACACUGACAGACUCACUCACACACUGACAGACACACAUACUCACAUACACACACACACUGACAGACUCAGACACACACACACACUGACAGACUCAGACACACACACACUGACAGACAGACACACACUCACACACUGACAGACACACAUACUCACACACACACUGACAGACACACUCACUCAUACACACACUGACAGACACACAUACUCACACACACACUCACUCACACACUGACAGACACACAUACUCACAUACACACACACUGACAGACAGACACACAUACUCACAUACACACACACACACACUGACAGACUCACUCACACACUGACAGACACACACACACACACACACACUGACAGACUCAGACACACAUACACACUGACAGACUCACUCACACACUGACAGACACACAUACUCACACACACACUCACAUGCACACACACACUCACAGUAAUUAAUAAUCUAAAUUAAAUUAACAUUUCCCACCCAGCCUCCCUACCUGGAGAGCUGGCGUGGGUCUCUCAUUGGUGGUCCAGUGGGGCUGCUGGGAGGCGUGCGGCUGAAUUGGAUGCCGAGGUGGCGAGGGAGCUCUGAUCUCUCUGAUGUGCUCCCUCGCAGGCUGUUUACUGAUGCCGCGGGAGCCGGAAUAUGACGUCAUCAGUAAACAGCCUGCGAGGGAGCACAUCAGAGAGAUCAGAGCUCCCUCGCCACCUCGGCAUCCAGUUCAGCCGCACGCCGCGCCGGGGAUCCAGGAGGUGACCUGGCAGGAGGGAGCACUUCCCUCCUGCCGGUCACUGGAAUUUUGCGCCCCCAGAGCCGGUGCGCCCUAAGGCGGCUGCCUGUGCCGCCUUAUGGACGCGCCGGCCCUGCCUGGGGAAUAUGUAUGGUGAUUGCUAUAAGUGCUAUGUGUGCCAAAGGUUGAAUUAAAGCCCAGGGUUAAACUCUUUUAAAUACUAUAGAGUCACCAGAUAGCUUAUAUGUUCAAGGUAAUGUGUUGGAGAAAAACACAAUAAUAAAGAUAAGCCCCAAAUAGGGUUAAAAAAUCCUUAUAGCAGCUAAGGUUCCUGAUGCCUGACAGGUAGAAAAGAGUAGUGGGGAAGAAACAAAAUAAAACAUCAAAAUAUAAAAACCACACACACAAGGGACCGGAAGGUAGGACAGAAAAAAAACCCUGCCCCCCUCCCCUCCCUUGAGUAAAUAAGGUCACCUAGACUGGGUAAUAGGGGGUAACCCAAGAAAUUUUUGUUUUUGUUUUUGGGUUUAGUAUUUUUAUUGGUACCCUUUACGCAACAAAUGGGACAUUUUUACCCCUUUUUGGGUUACUAUAUACUAUAUACGCAUUCAUUUUCCCCCUUUUCCUCUCUCUUCUACUCAGGUUCUCUAUGCUGUCAUUCCCUGAGGUAUACGUAACAUAGUUUAGUUUACUGCCCUUUUUGGCAGUUUAUCAAGCUUAUUUUUGGCUUCUCAAUAUGUUAUACCUCUCUCUAUAUCAGACCCUAGAUAUCUCUGUUUAGUCUUAGGUUUUACUAUAUUCUAAUAAAGUUUUAUUUUUUUGGUACUAUUUAUACUUACUUUUGAGAUUGGACUGGGUUUCUUUCCUAUUGGCUGCCUUCUAGUAAGGCAGCUUUUUGGAAUUAUAUAUUCUUUAACAAAAUAAGACAACUCUCCUCCUUUCUGAUCUCUAGCUCUAUAGCCCUUUCUGAUCUCUAGCUCUCCCUUUCUGAUCUCUAGCUCUCUAGCCCUUUCUGAUCUCUAGCUCUCUAGCCCUUUCUGAUCUCUAGCUCUCCCUUUCUGAUCUCUAGCUCUCCCUUUUCUGAUCUCUAGCUCUCUAGCCCUUUCUGAUCUCUAGCUCUCCCUUUCUGAUCUCUAGCUCUCUAGCCCUUUCUGAUCUCUAGCUAUCUAGCCCUUUCUGAUCUCUAGCUCUCCCUUUCUGAUCUCUAGCUCUCCCUUUCUGAUCUCUAGCUCUCCCUUUUCUGAUCUCUAGCUCUCCCUUUCUGAUCUCUAGCUCUCCCUUUCUGAUCUCUAGCUCUCUAGCCCUUUCUGAUCUCUAGCUCUCCCUUUCUGAUCUAUAGCACUCCCUUUUCUGAUCUCUAGCUCUCCCUUUCUGAUCUCUAGCUCUCUAGCCCUUUCUGAUAUCUAGCUCCCCCUUUCUGAUCUCUAGCUCUCCCUUUUCUGAUCUCUAGCUCUCCCUUUUCUGAUCUCUAGCUUCCCCUUUCUGAUCUCUAGCUCUCCCUUUCUGAUCUCAUCAGACAACUUUCUAGUAAAUGUUGCUGCUGCUCUGAAACACAUUAGCUACUCAUGACUUACUAUUAGCUCUCACCACUCAGUGUGCAUGGAGUUAAAGCAGUAGGAUAUUGAAAGACUUGUUUUUACCUUUGUAGCUGGCAAUAUGCUCAAUCUGCAGUGGCAAUAUGCAGCUGGCAUGGGUAACAGAGGCAAUAAUUAUUACAAAUUGAAACUAUCAUAAUCGGCUCUGUCCACGGUCACAGCUUCAUCUAUGCAAUGAGGAGCUUCACAACUUUUCAACUAGCCACAUCAUGAAUGUCUCAGGUCUACAGAGUGACUGAGCACUUUAAAAAAUAUCAAAGAAAAUUACCUAUGCACAUUUAGCUAACUGGAGGUUUUUUAGUAUCACUUCAAUGGCCAUCAACAUCAAGGCUUUAUAAAAUACUUUAAAAAGAUGGUGGGAACUGUUUUUACCUACCUGAAACACUGACAACUCUUUGCUUUACUACGAGGGCUGGCUUACAAUGGUAAUAUUCAACCUGGCUCAUAUAUACAACUAGCCCCCUUUUUUGUAUGGGCAUGUCCACAGCAUCCUUUAAAUGAACACUACAAACAUGUAUUUGCAGGUCUCGCCAUCCCAGGUUUAUACCCUGGGGACACCUGGUAAAAUUCUCUAAGCAGCACAGGACAAGUGUAUCAAAAGAAGUGCUGGUGCUAAGCAAAUUGCUGUCAGGACAUUAAAGGAUCCUUACCCAGAGUUCUUCAAGAACACUCCGCGUAUGCGCUGGCAGAAAGGCAUUCAGUAAAUGUGGCAUGUAUUCAUGCUAGGCUGACAUGCUACAUUUUCUUGCCCCCUUUCUAGGCAGGUCCAAUGCAUUUUGCCAUUGCCAAGCAACCAAUACAUCAUUAGAGUUUCUGCAUGGAUUGGUUAAAGCAGGGGUAGUCAACCUUUUAAUACUUACCACCCACUUUUGUAUCUUUGUUGAUGGUAAAAUUUCCUUACCGCCCACCAGUGCCGCAGUAAUUAAUUUUAUAGUGCAACUGCAAGUUUUGGGGGGUUUUUUGUUUUUUUUUAGAAAGUAGAGGUUUUUUUAAAUAAAACAUAUGUACUUAAAUGUAUCUAUUUUUUUCCCUUUUUUUUUUUUUUUCUAUUUUUUUAUUCUACUUUUUUUCUAUGUGUGUCUGUGAGGUGCUGUGUGUGUGAAGGGUGCGGUGUGUGUGUGAAUGGUGCAGUGUGUGUGUGAAAAGGGUAGUGCGGGCAAGGGUAAAAGUGUGUGCCAUGGGGCAGUGUGUGCAAGGGGGCAGUGUGUGUGUGUGUGUGUGUGUGUGAGGGGUGUAGUGAGUGUGUGUGUGAGGGGGCAGUGUGUGUGUGUGUGUAUUGUAGUGUGUGAGGGGGCAGUGUUCGUGUGUGAGGUGUAGUGUGUGUGAGGGGGCAGUGUGUGUGUGAAGGGUGUAGUGUGUAUAUGAAGGGUGCAUAGGGACUAUGCUGUGUGUAGGUGCGUGAGAUGUGAAAAUCUAUCUCCCCCUUUUACAUUAGAGGGGAGACAUAAUGCUGCAAGCCCUUUUGGUCCAGUGGUGGUAUGUUCACUUUAGCCUGCAGCUCUUGCGGCUGCAGACUGACUCUACUGUCCUCCUGCAAGCACAGCACUGUAUCGGAGCAUUGCCAUGUAACGCACGGAAACGCUCCAACCAGUCUGCUCAUGGGAGGAACACAGAGCCACCCGGGCCCUUCGCUCCCUCUGCUGGAACUGAUUUGCCAGGGGGCCAGUGAUGGAGAUCUUACAUUUGUUUUGUUUGGAUUGGCUAAUAUUGUUUUUGAUUUGCUUCUUAACAUUAGCAAUGAUUCACUGAUACCUGAAAUAAUAAUUAUUCAUUGUUUAUUUCCUUACCACCUGAAAAUGUCAUAAAAUAUUGCCUGGGCAAAGUAUAAAUGCUAAAUUACAUCACUAUAUGAUUAUAAGUUUAUUUGUAAAGCUGAAUAAAAUGUUGUUUAACCCCUUAAGACCGGUGGGCGUACAAUUACGCCCUAUUUUAGGCGGCUCUAAACGCCGCCGGGCGUAAUUGUAUGCCCUCCGGCCUUUCUUUACUUACCCGGUCGCCGGCGGUCCCAUGCCGGCGAUCGCGGUGGGGACAACUCCCAGGGACCCCCCGCGGCAUGUCCGACCCCCUGGAAGCCCCCCGGCCAUGUUAGAGUGAGGUCCUUGCGAGGACCCCACAAUCACAUGGCCGGGUAGGCUGCCUGCUGCAUUGCCAGCAGGGGGGCUGCAUGUAAUGACAGGUGGUCCCCCUGCUGGCUGAAAAUAAAAUCAAAUAAAUUAAGUGUAAAAAAUAUAUAUAUAUACUUAGAUCAUAUAUAUAUUAUAUAUAUAUAUGAUCUAAGUAUAUUUAUACACAUAUACAUACACUGUCUAGGUGUAUUUUACUAUUAAUAUAUAUAUAUAUAUAAAACUAUAUAUAUAUUAAUAUCAAAUUACACGUACACUGAUACUGAUUAAAAAUAUAUAUAAUUAUUGUUAUAUAUAUUUAUAUAUAAUAUAAAAAAAUUAAAUAUGUAAAUACGUUAAAAAUAAUAAAAAAAAUUAUUAAAAAAUAUAUAGAUGUGUGUUAUUUCAUUCUAACUGUAUUGUGAUAUUAAUAUAUAUAUAUAUAUAUUUAUAUCAAAAUACACGUAGAACGAAAUAAUAUAUAUAUCUACAUACAUAAAUAUAUACGUAUAUAUCACUAUAUAUAUACCUAUAUAUAAAUAAAAAUAUUUUUAAAAAAUUAUAUAUAUAUACACAUAUUAAUUCUACAUAUAUAUUUAUGUAAUAUUUUUACAUAAUUAGGUAUCUUAAUUAAUUACAAUUAGCAGGACCUGCCUGACAACCCAUGCCGAAAUUAAAGGGAAUUUAAUUUGCUAGCACUAUAUUUAACCCUAUAACUUUCCAAGACACCAUAAAACCUGUACAUGGGGGGUACUGUUCUACUCGGGAUACUUUGCUGAACACAAAUAGGAGUGUUUCAAAACAGUAAAAUGUAUUACAACGAUGAUAUCGCCAGUAAAAGUGCACAUUUUUCAUGCACAAACAGCACUUACACGGACGAUAUUAUUGCUGUGAUACUUUUUGCUGUUUUGAAACACAAAUAUUUGUGUUCAGCGAAGUCUCCCGAGUACAACAGUACCCCUCAUGUACAGGUUUUAUGGUGUUUUCAAAAGUUACAGCGUCAAAUAUAAGGCUUGCGCUUCAUUUUUUUCACAUUAAAAUUCGCCAGAUUGGUUACGUUGCCUUUGAGACCCUAUGGUAGCCCAAGAAUGAAAAUUACCCCUAUGAUGGCAUACUAUUUGCAAUAGUAGACAACCCAAGGUAUUGCAAACAGGGUAUGUCCAGUCUUUUUUAGUAGCCACUUAGUCACAAACACUGGCCAAAAUUGGCGCUUUUUGCAUUUUUCACACACAAACAAAUACUAACGCUAACUUUGGCCAGUGUUUGUGACCAAAUGGCUACUAAAAAAGACUGGACAUACCCCAUUUGCAAUACCUUGGGUUGUCUACCAUUGCAAAUGGUAUGCUAUUAUGGGUGUAAAUUUCAUUCCUGGGCUACUAUACAGUCUCAAAGGCAACGUAACCAAUCUGGCGAAUUUCAAUUUCAAAUGUAACGUGCUAUAUUUGACCCUUUAACUUCCCAAAACGCCAUAAAACCUGUACAUAGGGGGUACUGUUUUACACGUGAGAUUUUGCUGAAUACAAAUAUGUGUAUUUUAUUGCAGUAAAAGCAAACAGUAUUAAGACAUUGACUGUUAAAAUGUCAUGUAGAACUAAAAAAAAUUAAAAAAAAUCUUAUUUUCUCCAAUUUUUUUCAUAUGCUAAAUAUUUGAUAUUAAAUGAAAGCCCUGUUUCCCCUGAAUAAAAUGAUAUAUAAUAAGGGUGGGUGUAUUUACUAUGAAUGAGGUGAAUUACGGUUGGACAGACAUGUAGUGCAAAUGCCAGGUUUUGUUUACAUUUUGUUUCGUUCACAACGUGUACAUUUGGCUCCGUGCUUAAGGGGUUAAAAAAGGGAAUUAGUGGGGAACGCUCUUCCUUACUUGCUAACUGUAUCAGACGUGAGCUGAGAGCUGCAAAGGCAGAAUCAAACAUUCAUUGCCACAUCUGGGAAACUGACAUGUAUUUAUAUGGUUUAUUUUGUUGAGUGAUAGACAGUCCUUCUAGGUCAUGGUGACACAGUAACACAUACAUAUUAGUUCUACUAGUUAAACACAAUCAACAACCAAAGUAAAACCCAUUUUUGUUUUUAUUUUCCUAAAGCAAUGUUAUAGUAUCCUGUGUCAUAUAUUAUUUUGCUUCAUUUUUAAUUAAAUUAAUGCAUAUCCUAACUGUCUUCUCUGUUCAUACUGCUGAGAAGCACAAUGUCCAGUCACCUUUUGAGGAUCCUUCUAGCAGUCUCCUGGUUGGUUAGUUGCAUUUGUCAGCCUGAAAGAAAAUACUCAUCCAGAUCACUUGCAUCUAAUUUUGGUAAGUAAAAACAUCAUUAUUUAUGUUCUCAGAGAAGAAAUGUGAAUGGGUGUCCACUCAGACCCAGUCUCCCCCUACCGUCUAUAGAGCCCCCCUACACACUAUACAGCCACCCUAGCCACCAUACAGCCCCCCUACCCAAUCACAGUCCCCAACCCACUCACAGACCACCUACCCAGCUUACAGCCCCCCUUCCCAUCAAACAGCCCCCUACCCACCAUACAGCCCCUCUACCCACUAUACGGCCCCCCCUACCCACCGCACAGCCCCCAUACCCGCUUACAGUCCCUCUAUCCACUUACAGUCCCUCUACCUACCAUACAAAACCCCUACCCACCAUACAGCUCUCCUACCCAACUUACAGAACUCCUACCCACCUCACAGUCCCCCAUCCACCUUACAGAACCCCUACCCACCUUACAACCCCCCUACCCACUCACAGCCCUCUUAUCCACCAUAUUAGAAAUAUAUAUAUACCAAUAAUAUAUAAGGCAUAUAUGUAUGCAUAUAUGUAUAUGUAUGCAUGUCUUGCCAUCCCAGAUGAUUGAGUAAUAUAUACACACAUAUUAUAUAUGUAUAUAUAUAUAUAUAUAUAUAUAUAUAUAUAUAUAUUGUUUAUAUAUUACUGAAUCAUCUAGAGUGGCAGCACAUAGCUGUACGUAUUACAAGUGACAAUACAUGGCACAGUGACUUAUGGGGCUGACAUAGAUUUUUUUUCCAGGGCUGCUUUGUAUCCUCAGUCCGGCCCUGUCCAGGGGUGUCGCUAGAGAUGGAACUUUAGUCCAUAGCAAUAUUUGAUGACCCCUACCCAAGGCCAAUGCUCAAUCUCACCCUUCAGCCUCUAUAGUCUUGCAUCCCUCAUCCCCAUCUAAUAGUGCUCUAAUUGUAUAAAUUAUAAAAGGUCAAUGCACUAUUAUUCAAUUGCCAGAAUAUGGUGCUAAUGAACUCCAAAUGCAGAGCUUUAACUCCCAAACACACUCUUUAACAACAAUUAUGGUACAGUUAUUUUAUAAAUAACUGUUCUUCUAGCACAGAAAGUGAUGCAGAUCUAUAAUAUCAUACUUUACUCUGUAGUUUAAAAUAAAUAAAUGGAAGAUUAAAAUAAGUCGAUAAUGUUGAUGUGAAUAUGAUGUGCAAGAACCUUGUUAAGAAGCUUAUUUGUAGGCUUGUAAAAAUUUAGCAUCCUGACAAAUAAUUACACUUUUUAUCUGAAUGUUUAGGAUUCUAUAAUCUUAUUUGUAUCAUUUUAACAUGUAAAUAGGUGUUGGUGCCAUUAGAAUUUUCAAUAUAGUUUUUGCUAAAUGUUUUCUCAAACAUUUUAUUUAAAUGAAAAAAAAUAACUUCACAUUUUUAUUUCAGGUAAAUCCCAAUGUGAUAUAAAUGUGUAUUUUACUAUCGACACAUCGGAGAGCGUGGCAGUGAAGUUCAACUCUGGCAUGGAUGAACUGAAAGUCUUUGUUAGUAUGUUUGUAACAAAGUUAAAAGAAAUCAAAAUACGAGGCAGCCAAACAAAAUGGAAAUAUGGAGCACUUCACUUCUCAGAUCAUGUAGAGUCCAUCAUCUCCUUAACACACGAGACAACUACAUUCAUCAAAGCAAUCAAUCAGGUCAAAUACAUUGGUCGUGGGACAUUUGUGGAUUGUGCUCUGAAAAACAUGACUGAAGCUCUCCAAAAGGAGUCAGAAGGAGGCAUAAAAUUUGGCAUUGUGCUUACUGAUGGCCACAUCACUGGAAACCCCUGCGGUGGAACCAUAGAGGCAGCUGAGGCCAUGAGAAAUGCUGGCGUUAAAACAUUUGUGGUCGCUACAAGUUCAGAUAGUAUAGAAGGUGAACUACAUGUGAUAGCCAGCAGCCCAGUGGAAAUAUAUAGAAAUAAGUAUCUGAUAAAUCCAAGCAGCCAAAGGAACAGAACAAUUAGUAGGAUCAUUAACUUAAUGGUAAGUGAGAGCUCUGGAUUAUGAUGGUUUUCUUUUAGAGGUAGGGAAUGCUCUAUUUAUUAAAACCAUUAGAUAUUUUACAAAACAAAUUAAUUAAUUUUAAAGCAGGAAAUAAUUUACUUAUGGAUGAAAGUGUUUUAUUAUGUUUGCAACCAUCUUGUUAAAUGCAUACAACACCAAUAAUCAUAAUAUUACAUAUUAAAAUUGACUGCUCAUAUGUUUGACCAUUUGAAAAUGUAACUGAGUAUGAAAAGUAAUGAACUCCUAGAGUAAUGAACAUCACUAAAUACAGACUAUGGGAAAAGUAGACAGUGAGGAAAGGCACAUAUAUAAUAGGGCUCUAACUACAGUAUAUUAGAGUCACCAGUUUGAUUCCUGCUCAGCUCUCUGAGGUCAACUCAUCUCCAUUUAACGAGCCAGUUCAGCAUCCAUACAUACAAUCAUAUAAACUGAUACCACUACAAAAAAUUCAACUACUUGCAGUUGUGGUCUUCCUAUUGUAUGCAUAAGUGUUCCCACCUUGAUUGAAUGGGACAGCACUCUUACUCAAGCCAACUCUUACUUAAUCAAAUCAUUUUGUUAGUGCUCCAUCAUCACAUUGAUUUAAUCAAACCGUUACAUUAAUCAUACUCAAUAUCUGAUAGGUCUUAUCAUACUGAUAGAUGGUUCCAAGACUAGAGACCGCAGGAGAUGCCCUGGACCACCAUGAUUGCUGGGAUAAAAAAGUGUGACACCUAGAAGAAGGUGUUUGCACACAAUGGGUUAAACUCUAUUAGACAAGAUAAGCUUACCUCUUAUUACUGAAUUCAAUUUCCUAUAGAAAUAAGUAGCAGAAUUGGAGUUAUGUGUAUCUUGUACAACAGAAUGCAGACCAUCAUAUCAAUAUCUAUUGUUUUAGUGUGAUGAUCCAUGCAAUUUCUUCAUUUUGUGUACACAUGAUUCAUAAAUUACUCUGUUUAAGUUAGGGUCACCUGACAGCUGAAUUCCCAUCAAUACACUUUCUAUUGUUUAAUCCAUGUUGAAAAUUACUGUGCAACCCAUACAGGUGAAAUGUCAUUGUCACUGGCAUUUGCCUUUAUUGUGAAUCACCAAUUGUUAAUGUAACUGGUAAGACAAUCACCUUUCAAUGAAUGAAUAAUAGCUGUAAGAGUUUGCAUGAAGAGCUCCACUUCAUAAUUUUUCACUAACUACAUCUUGUUAUCACCCGUUUGAUCUUCCAAGAUGGGCAAGUACACCCUGUAAGGUUUUGGACAUCAAUGUCAGGGAACAUGUUGGCCGUCAAGCUAUUAUUAAAUAGUCAGAAUUUUAGAUGUCAGUUUGAUCCCAGCUUUCAGAGUGAAAGUAAAGAUAUCACUAUAUCACUAACACAUAUUGUGAGGAAUUUAAAAUACUUCAGAAAAGUACAUAAAGAUAGAACAUAUCUUCAUUAAAUUGUCAGCAGUGUUUUAAAUUCCCUGCGCAUAGUGUAACUAUUCCAGCAGCUUCUUCCCUCAUGGUGAAGGUCAAUAUCAGCUUUGCAGAUGAGAAGUUAGAACUGUUUCUUUUUCUCCGAUGGGUGGAUUGCUGCCUCCUUGAGUUGGCAGAUGAUGCAAGCACCGGGUAGAUCUUAAUGUAGCUUUGAUUAGAAGAACUUGACUACAAUACUUUGAGUUCUUUUUAAAAAAGAUUGUUAUUUUAAGUUAUCUUUUUGUAUGUAUAUUAUUUUUGUUAUAUUUUUUUUCUCCAAUGGGUUGGCAUAAUAACAAAUAAACUACACAAUACAAAGUGUGCCAAAAAGCAGCCUGAAAAUAAGCAACAAGGAUCCAGACUUCAUAAAUAUGUUUACCGAUAAGAUGUAUGUAAGCUAUGAACCUGUCCAUUUCCAUUGUGUCCUUGUAUUUAGAGUGGAUAUGGACAUUUUCAAGAAUUUACUGAUUUGGCAUCCAGAUGGAGACUAUAAGUUUAUUUUCACCUCCAGUGAAACCAUCUAAUGUGUGCAGAAUCAAAAAGGCUACACAGGCAGGAUUUAAAAUGGUGGGACAAUAAGUUCUGUACUUGUUUCUAUAGAGGUUGAAGUUUAGGAGCACCAUACAACAUAGUCAGUUCCAAACUCGUCACAUAAUUUCCUGCAAACAUAUAUUAUUAUUAUCACUGGUAUUUUUAUAGUGCCAGCAUAUUCCGUAGCGCUUUACAAUAUUAUCAAAGGGGAAGAUUUAACAAUAAAUGAGACAAUUACAAAAACUUACAGGAACAAUAGUUUGAAGAGGACCCUGCUUAAACGAGCUUACAGUCUAUAUGUCACAUUGGUGCUCAUACAAUAUCUUCCUACGGGUAAGCUAUAGUCUUCUUUGUUUUAAAAUCUGAAAUUAAGCCAGAUUUCUACUGUCAUUUGAGCCCACAUGAUAUUAAAUGUUAGCCAUAGCUUUUUAAGAGAUUGUACCUGUGUUCCCAAUUAUAAGACCUCUUUCAUUGAACACCACGUCUCUGGAUUGUGAUACUAAUAUGUGGUUGAUUAAACAAAGACAUAUUUGAUACAACCUAGAUGUUGUUUCAGAAAGCCAAUAGAUGUAACCAAUGUUCUUAGAAAAUUAUGCAAGGAGGAGAGUCUUGCUCUGUUAUAUUUUUAGCAUCUUCUACCCUUGCAUAUAUUCAUUCCCCACAGCAUUUUAUCACAAUACAUUUUGGUGAAGAAUGAAACUUUUGAUAUUAUAUAGCAUAUUAUAGUGAAAUAUAAGUAGUACUUGCAAAACAAACAAGCAUAAGCAAUUUAAUUCUGCCUUAUACCACUUUACUUGUUAUUGAAGUAUUUGAUUUCCAAAAUACAAAAUGCAACCUUUGCAAUAUUAUACUGCUGUGAUAAUUUGUUUUAUUCUGUUUAUUUCCUUUAGGUCAAAGAAGCUGAGUCAGAGGUAAUCAAUUGUAUAAAUCAUCUGCAUAUAGAAAGAAUCCAUUGACUGAAAACCCCCCCAAAAAAUCAUAUGAAGGUCAUCAACAUUUUAAGAAAUGGUUCUGUACAAGCACUUUACUUUAUUCAUAAUAGGAUAAAAAGAGCAUACAGUCAGUGUAAAGAAUUAAAGAAAACGUAGUUAUUAGUAGGUGAUUUUAUUGAAAAUAGCAUUUAUACAUUAUGUUUCCAGGAAAACAAUUAUGUCUUGAAUCUCCAAGAACAAAUAUUCUGAUAAUACAUUUAAAAUUGACCUUAAUUGAUUACUUUUUAAAAAUAACAUUUAGUUCUCUGUUACCAAGGCUGACUCGAUGACUUCUACAAACUCAAAAUAUGUCGCUGUAUCUACUUGACCACUCUCAUUAAAACUUCUUGUACUUAGCAUGGCUUUUCUACAUAUGGUGCCUUCGUCAAAUUCCCCCAGGUGCUGCCGUCAUCUCCACUUUUGUGUUCCAAACGAUGUUCCCUUUAAUUACAAUUUUGCUCUAAUUGUAAGAAUAGAUCAAUUAAUCCUCUGACUGGGACAAACGUAUUGGCUAUGUGUAAUCAUACAUGGAUAGGUCACAAUUAAUAAUACUGUUCAUAAAGCAAAAUAUGCUUAGCCUUACUUUUCAUAAGUAUGACUUUGCAACCAAAGAGAAACUGUGUGCAGAUCGAUAUACAUAUGGAUAUAUUUAUUUGUUAUGCAUAGCAUCUAUAACUUGUAUUCUGUACCUGUAGUGUAAUAUAUGUACUGUAAUAAAUUGACAUUGGUAUUGUCAUUUCAGUGCAGUGGAACAAUAUGCUUACCAAUGGCAGGCGUAUCCGGCUUGAAAGGCAUGAAAGGGUAUAAG